AUGAGCUCGACCGAGGACGAUCCGGUUGUUGCCUCCUACGAUGUCUUCCUGACCGAUUCCGACGUCUCUCGCUAUGUCUUUCAAUACAUCGACAGGCCCGGAAAGCAUCCUUACAAUGAGCGCAUGGGUCAAAAGCCGACUGCAAUGCGCAUGAAACCGGACUCCGGGCUUGUGGAAGUCGAGGUCCCGAUCUUUACCCGAACGACCUACGAUGUGAACAAAGGCCUCAAAUACGGUGAAGCAAUAAAAAAGAGCCGCGCGGCCCGCGACGGGGGCGCUUUCGGAAUGGCUGGUGGAUUUAGCGCUGGGAGCAUGGCUACUAGUGGCGGUGGAAGAGUCAAGUCCGAAGCGACUGGUGAUAUCGAGAUGCUGGAAAACAAAAAAACGACGGACCAAGCGUCGCUUGUCCGAACGCAGGCGCUCGGUGGACGCAUCAAGCCCCAGGAAGAGGGUGAUCCGGUCCAUAUGCUGGCCACAUUCAAAGGAAAAAACCUGCACCUCUCCCCCGUUUCUGCAGUUGUUCAGCUACACCCGCAGCUCCACCAUCUCGAUGCAAUGGACGAGAUGCCUAAAGGGAGGGGCGCCAAAGGCAAGAAGGAAGAAGAAGAACGCCCGGCCGAGAGUGAAGCACGGGCGAUCGACGUGAAAAUCAAGGGCGCAGAAGAACGCGGCGCUAUGCUUGUCGGCAAUUUGGACCUGCUUAAGAAGAUGCAAGAGGAGAAAUGGAAGAAGUAUGAUUGGGUGGAUGCUGAGACCGAGGAAUCUUGGUAUACCUACGAAAAUUAUAUGAUGCACCAGAAACCCGACGAAUUGCCGCAGCUGGAAGCUUCCAUCAAUAGUGAAGAUUAUUUGGAUGGCAUGAGUGCUCCACGAAUUGACCCUGCCCGACCAGAGAUGACAGGGUGGGCCAUGAAGCAAAAUCGGCAGAAGCAGCGGGAGGCGCCAUCCGACAGCGAGGAUGAA